AUGAGGAGACUCCGCCCCUUGGUCGGAAGCAUACUGCUUGCCUCUGCUUUGUUUACGGGAGUUGCGGCACGUAAAUCCAAUAUUGUCUUCAUCUUCACUGACGACCAAGACUAUCAUCACGGCUCCCUGGACUACAUGCCGGCCCUGCAGAAGCACCUUGCCGCCGAGGGGACAAGCUUCACAAAUCACUACGCCACCAUCGCCAUAUGCUGUCCAAGUCGGGUCUCUCUCAUGCGCGGCCAAGCCGCGCAUAACACCAACAACACAGCUGUCAAUGGACCGGGCGGCGGCUAUGGCAAGUUCACCGCCGCAGGCGAAGAUGACGACUAUCUUCCGCACUGGCUGCUCGAUCCUUAUAUCAAUGUGCAUAACAGCGUGGUCAUGUCACAGAACGGCCAGACGCCCGUGUUUUACGAGGGCUGGCAACAAAGUGACGUCGUGCGUGUCAAAGCCCUGUCCCGGCUAGAGCAUCUGGUCGAGCAAGAGGACCCUUUCUUCCUCAUGAUAGCUCCAACCGCGCCUCACGUCGAGAACCUGACAGCCCCCCCGACACCACCAUCGCGCUACAGCAACAAAUUUGCCAACUUGACAAUACCUCACCGCCCAAACUUCAAUCCACCUGACGAGAUGCACAAGAAUAGGCCGAGUUGGUGGGCUGGACUUCCACGUCUUAACGAGACCCAGCUAAACGAAACGCAGCGCCUGUACCAACGGCGCCUGGAGGCGCUCCAAGGCGUGGACGACAUUAUUGAGGACGUGGUCAACCUGCUGGAAAGUCGAGGUGAAUUAGACAACACAUAUGUCAUAUUCUCGACCGACCAGGGCUACCACCUAGGCACUCACCGCGAUGUGGGCAAAUCCUCUCCGUACAUCGAGGACGCCAACAUCCCCCUGGUAGUGCGGGGGCCGGGCAUUAAGCAAGGCCGGGUUUCUCGCAUUCCCAGCACCGUCACCGACUUUGCCCCCACUUUCCUCGACAUUGCUGGCCUAGCCGGCGAAGAUCGCCCGUCGUUCCUCGAUGGCACUAGCAUGCUCCAAGCUUGGGAGAACCCCGAUGAUCUGUCCAUCGGAAAGGCUCAGGAGGCCAUCAAUGUUGAGUUCUGGGGACGAGCGUUCACUGAGAUCCCCACCUGGACGGGCGGUGACACUCGAACCGGUAUGUACUGGAACAAUACCUACAAGACGAUGCGUAUCGUCAACGAGGACUACGCAUGGGUCUACUCGCGCUGGUGCACCGGCGACACGGAGCUGUACGACUCUCUCAACGACCCGUACGAAAUGACGAACCUCGCAGGUUCGGCUGAUCCGGAACUUGUGCGCCUCAUGUCACGCCUCAACGCCCUUCUGAUGGUUAUGAAGUCGUGCGAGACUGAUGUAUGCCGCGAUCCCUGGAGUGUCAUUCAGCCCCCACGCCCAUGGUUGUCAGGGAACGCCACCACCGUGAGCAGCCUUGCCCAGGCGUUGGAUCCCGCAUACGACGAGUUCUUCGCCAGCAUACCCGCAGUAACCAUUGCGGAGUGCAUGCACUACCAGUUUGCCGCUAAUGAGGUCCCCUACUACCCGGCUGAGGCUCAAUACGGUCUGGGCCUGAAGCAUCGCAACGAGCCAGAAUACUACGAGUACCCAGAUGUUCAGCCAUUGAAAAGGGUGCCUUAUGUACCCGGUGGUGGGUGGGAACAACGACACGCCACGAUUGAGCAGCUCUUGUCUGAUUCUAGGACCCUAACAGCCGAAGAGCUGCAGCAGGAUUGGGAUCAUACUACUUGCAAUGAGAGAUACGCGUGCACUUCUGUAGGUCUGGGCGUGAUACCUCAUUGA